CCUGUCCUCCUCCUCGAAUCCUAUAGUCUCUCCCACCGUGUUCUCUUGUGUUUCUCCUCGAUUCCCUCCUCUGUGCGCGUUUAGUUCUCUUGUCUCUUCCCACUUCCCUUCUACCGUCUGUCUACCAACCUUUCGUCAGACGUUCAUACUUCUUCUACACUACAUGACAACAACUACUCCAUCUUGGCCUGUACAACGUCCAUUCGUCCAGGAACGUCUACUCCAAACAGCUUGUGCCACCAUCUAUUACUUCAAUCUCUUCUUCAUCACUGAUCCUUUGCGCUUUCUUCUCGACUGCGCCCAUCGCGCUUCUUCUCUUUCGCGAGCGUAAUUGGAAGCAAAACUUGCUUAUUCGCUCCAGAUUUUACCACCUUGACAGCCUCAUGCUGCAUGCUACCAGCAGAGACUUUCUCUAAAGAUUCACAAUUUCUCUUUUCAUCACGUCUGUACUUGUGCUUUGUCUUGUUUGGAGAGACUUUGGUUAUUUCGGUUUCGCCCGUGGUUCAGAGCGUAGUCUUUUUUUUUUUUUUCCCUCAUUUUCUUUUUCUGCAUACCCGCCCGAAUUCCUUACCGCGACAAAGUUCUACUUUGCGGACAUCUAAAAUUACUACACUACUCCGAAGUCGCCAAAUUGUCCAUCAUCCACUCGACACGUUAUCUCAUUGGCACACUUUUUGUUCUGUCUUGAUCGUGGUUGGGACUAUACCGAGAUUCUCUGCCUACCGGCUCGGCGCUCGACUUUUCCCUUUCAAGAAGGCAAGACUACGACUUCAAUUUACUGUACUAUCCCUGGCAGCCGUUCGCGACCAACCCACGGGCUGCGAGCUACUGUAGACCCAAACAACUUUUUCGUCGUCAACUUGUCAACUUGUCA